UCACCAUCACCAUCGCUCUCAACCUCAACGUCUCUCUCACUCUUCCUAACUCCUCAACCCCCCACAUUCUAACAAGCAACAAUGGGUCUUCGUCUUGGUGACACCGCCCCCGACUUUGAGGCCGAGACCUCGCAGGGCCCCAUCAAGUUCCACGAGUACAUCAAGGACUCGUGGGCCAUCCUCUUCUCUCACCCAGAUGACUACACCCCAGUGUGCACCACUGAGCUCUCGGCGGUCGCUCUCUCGUCGGCCGACUUCAAGUCGCGCGGUGUCAAGCUCAUCGGCCUCUCGGCUAACGACGUUGAGUCGCACCAUGGCUGGAUCAAGGACAUUGACGCCUUGACCAACGGUGCCGACCCCCUUGACUUCCCCAUUGUCGCCGACAAGGACCGCAAGAUCUCGGUGCUCUACGACAUGCUUGACCACCAGGACGCUACCAACGUCGAUGCCAAGGGCAUGCCAUUCACCGUCCGCUCAGUUUUCAUCAUCGACCCCGCCCAGAAGAUCCGCCUGACACUCACGUACCCCGCGUCGACGGGCCGCAACUUCCCCGAGAUUUUGCGCGUCAUCGACUCGCUCCAGCUCGGUGACAAGUACAAGAUCACUACUCCGGCCAACUGGCGCGCACCUGGCGGCACGGACAAGGUCAUUGUCCACCCCUCGGUCCAAGGCGAGAAGGUCAAGGAGCUCUUCGGUGACGACGUCGAGGUGGUUUACCCCUACCUCCGGUUCACCUCGGACCCCUCGAAGAAGGAGAAGGCGUGAAUUGUAGCAACAAAACCCGGCGCCUGAGCGCCCACAUCAGGAAGGCCUCGCUCUGGUAUUUUCGUAAUUGUAAUAUGAUGACGAGUUGUUGAG